AUGAGUGAAACAAAUAGUCAAAUAGAAGAUAAAAAAAUAUCAUCACCUACGAGGUCAAAAUCUGUGCCUUCAAAAGCUGUUACUUGUCCAGAAGGACUUUCAAAUAUAUACCAAAAAUUAUUACAUUUAGAGAAAGAUAAACCAGAACCAAAAUUUGAUCGAAAGCGUCACUGUGCACCAAAAUUAAAUACACAACAACGUCUUUUUGGAAUGUCAUGCGAUACAAAACCUAUCAAAAAGCUUUCUGAUACUUUUAAAAGUACCAUUUUUGAUCAAACUCCACCAAAAUCUCCAGCAAAAACACCAAAAAAACAAAUACCAGUUGCUUCUAGAAAUCCAAUAACUGGAGAAGUUAAAAUGCCAACAAAAAUCAGUGCUAAUUAA